AUGGGGCUAGUGGACAGCUUUCGCAACGUCCACUGCCAAUUAGAUGGCCUCCGUGUUGACGUCGACACCGCUUUCAGCCAGAACACCGGUGCUCGAGGGGAAACCGAGCAAUCACUUCGUCUCAUGCUCAGUAGUCCGGAAGAUAUUGUGAAUUCAUGGCAUAGGCUUCUGGGGUUACAGAGUGGAAUAAUCGAGCUCGAUACGCAUUUUGACGCGUUGGAGCAAGCUGUCAGUGUGGAUUAA